UACAAAACCGUUUUGUAACGUGGUGGCUGAAAACGUGCACGAGCAGCAGCACGGGGAACCGAGUCACCGGGAGACGCAGCUCUGCAACUGUCUGUGUUUCUCACUGAAAACAACAAGUAUGUCAACCUCUCGGACCAUCAUAUGUUUACUAAGAAACGACUUGCGUCUCCACGACAACGAGCUUUUCCACUGGGCUCAAAGAAAUGCAGAAUACAUUGUCCCACUGUACUGCUUCGACCCCAGACAUUAUGUGGGAACGUACAACUACAACCUACCAAAGACUGGGCCUUUCCGCCUGGGCUUCUUACUGGAGAGUAUCCGGGACCUCAGAAACACAUUGCUCAACAAGGGCAGCAACCUCGUGGUGAGACGGGGUAAGCCAGAGGAGGUAGUUGCCGACCUCAUCAAGCAACUGGGCUCCGUCUGCACCGUGGCGUUCCAUGAAGAAGUGACUUCGGAAGAACUGAAUGUCGAGAAACGAGUGAAGGAAGUCUGUGCACAGAUGAAGGUCAAAGUUCACACCUGCUGGGGGUCUACACUGUACCACAGAGAUGAUCUUCCCUUUCACCUCAUGUCCAGGCUGCCUGAUGUGUACACUCAGUUCAGGAAGGCAGUGGAGACCCAGAGCAGGGUGAGGCCUCUGAUCCCAAACCCCGAGCAGCUAAAGCCUCUCCCCCAAGGGCUGCAGGAAGGAGCCAUUCCCUCAGCAGAGGACCUGGAACAGACCGAGCCUGUGGCUGAUCCUCGAUCGGCCUUCCCCUGCAGUGGAGGUGAAAGUCAAGCUUUGGCCAGACUUAAACACUAUUUCUGGGACACUGAUGCAGUUGCCACUUACAAGGAGACUCGUAAUGGCUUGAUUGGUGUGGAUUAUUCCACUAAAUUUGCACCGUGGCUGGCGAUGGGUUGCAUUUCACCCAGGUAUAUUUAUCAUCAGAUCCAGCAGUAUGAGAGGGAGCGAACAGCCAAUCAGAGCACAUACUGGGUCAUUUUUGAACUUUUGUGGAGGGAUUACUUCAAGUUUGUGAGCGUCAAGUACGGAAACAGACUGUUUCAGAUCAAAGGACUUCAAGACAAAUCUGUUCCAUGGAAAAAGGACAUGAACCUUUUCAAUGCGUGGAAAGAGGGACGGACAGGAGUUCCCUUUGUGGAUGCAAAUAUGAGAGAGUUGGCAAUGACGGGCUUCAUGUCCAACAGGGGGCGGCAAAAUGUUGCUAGCUUCCUCACAAAAGAUCUGGGCCUGGAUUGGAGGAUGGGAGCGGAGUGGUUUGAAUACCUUCUGAUUGACCACGAUGUCUGCAGCAACUACGGCAACUGGCUAUACAGCGCUGGCAUAGGAAACGACCCGAGAGAGAACAGGAAGUUCAACAUGAUCAAGCAAGGCCUCGACUACGACAACAAUGGUGACUAUGUACGGCAGUGGGUGCCUGAGCUGCAGGGGAUCAAGGGAGCUGACGUGCACGCGCCCUGGACCCUCAGCACGGCUUCGCUGUCACACGCUCACGUGUCUCUCGGUGAGACCUACCCCACCCCCAUCGUCGUGGCGCCUGAAUGGAGCAGACAUGUUGGCAAGAAAGCGAGUGGCGCAGGGCCUUCAGCACGAGGAAAGAAAGGACCGUCUCACACACCCAAACAACAUCGGGACAGAGGCAUAGACUUUUAUUUCUCCAAAAGCAAAAACCUGUGAUCUGCCUCCAAACCUGAGCAUGAGGAGGGAUGUUCAGAGGAUGGACGCUCCCGUGAAGCAAACUUGGACUUUUACUGUAUAAAUUGUGUUGAUCUACACGAAUACCUUCAGUUCUCUAGAAAGAUACGCCUCCUUUUGUGGCUACGUUUCCUGUUACACUGCACCAACAGUGAACCACACUGGUUUUUUUGUGGCAAUGUUUUAUAUCUGUUUUGAUGUUGUCUUUUUUUCAGAGAUUGCCUAUUAGUGGCAGUUACACAAUACAAUGUUAUUGCAUUUUGGUUGUGUGAUUUUGUUACGCAAUGCAGUAAAAGUUGACAUCUUGAA